GCACGGCCGCCCGCGGUCAAAGUGGUAACUGGGGAUCUGAGCUCGGCGGUGACGCGCGGCCCUCACGUGACCAGGAGCCUAUGUCUGCCCAAGUCCCUCUCUCCUGGUCGUUUUUGCCUGUCCAGACACCGUCUGCCUCCUGCCCUUUGGUCGAGGGGAAGAGCAGAAGGAAGUCUGCAGGUCUGCAGGUCACCGCGGUGCGCCUUGAGGAGAGGACGCCUAGAGCAAACCGCCAGGAGAGGUCCAGGUCGGGGAAAGGACCAUCCUGAACAUGGAAAAAUCCUGCCAAGAAAAUGAAGAACAGCCACAGAGCGCACCCAAGACGGAUGAGGAGCAGCCUCCUGUGGAGCACUCUCCCGAAAAGCAAUCUCCGGAGGAACCAUCUUCCGAGGAGCAGUCCUCGGAGGAGGAGUUCUUUCCCGAGGAGCUCCUUCCCGAGCUCCUUCCCGAGAUGCUGGUGUCCGAGGAGCGCCCUCCUCAGGAGCGCCUUUCUAGAAGGGACCUUUUUGAAGAGCGCCCUCCCAUGGAGCAGCCUCCUUGUGGAGUGGGAAAACAUAAGCUAGAAGAAGGAAGCUUUAAAGAGAGGCUGGCUCGCUCUCGCCCGCAAUUUAGAGGGGACAUACACGGCAGAAAUUUAAGCAAUGAGGAGAUGAUAAAGGUAGCAGAAGAGAUGGAAGAAAUGAAAAGAGUACGCAACAAAUUGAUGGUUAUGCAUUGGAAGGCGAGACGGAACCGUCCUUAUCCUAUUUAAUGUGUUCGGCCUUUAAUUCUGUUUUGCCUGAUAUUAAGUGUUGCCACCUGAAGGUGGUAUUUUCUCAUAUACCUUUGCCCAUCUCAAUUAUAACUUUUCGCGUGGCUUUAUUCUAGGUGUUUCACUUGUAACUGGCAUAAAAUUGGGUUUUCCCCGCCCACAAGCUGCAAGUUUCCCUUUUUCAAUCAUGAGUCUCACCCAUUUGCAUGAAAAGAUGUACAUUAUAUAUUGUGAAGUGAAAAAAAAAAUUUCGAAAAGUAUAUGUUGUAUCCCAUUUUUGUAAAAAAUGUAUAUUUAUAUAUUAAUAUGCAAAGAGAAAACUGAAAGUAUAUACUUAAAUGGCUUAACAGUGGCUAUCUGCGGUAAUAGGUGUUUUGGUUUGUUUUUCAUUUUUGCUUCAUCGGAACUUCUCAUUUUUCAAGACAAACAUUUUACUUUUGUUGCAAAAAAUAUAUAAUGGGAAAAACUUUAAAAACUGUCAAUCAGCUUAUAAAGACAAUGUGGCACUUAAUAAAUACUUCUCAGAACUUUAAAGAAAAGUAAA